AUGGGGGACGCCGAGGCCGGGCAGCGAGGCGUCCGCAUCGCCAUAGACCGAGGUGGCACAUUUACAGACUGCGUGGGCAACCCUGGGACGGGCCGCAUGGAAGACGACAUCAUCAUCAAACUGCUCUCGGAAGACCCGGGCAACUACGACGAUGCGCCGCUGGAGGGGAUCCGGAGGCUCAUGGAGAAAUUCACGGGCCAUCAGAUCCCCCGAGGCGAACCGCUCGACACCAGCAAGAUCGAAAGCAUUCGCAUGGGCACCACCGUCGCCACCAACGCGCUGCUGGAGCGCAAGGGCGAGAAGAUGGCCAUGGUGGUCACCCGCGGGUUCAAGGACUGUCUGGAAAUCGGCAACCAGUCGCGGCCCAAGAUCUUCGACCUCGCCAUCCGCAGGCCGGAUGUGCUGUACCGUAAAGUCAUCGAGAUCGAUGAACGUGUCACCCUGGAAGACUAUGCAGAAGACCCCCUGCGGAACCAGACAAAGGUCGAGGCGAAGCACGAGGACUACAAGGACAACGAUCUUGUCCAGGGUCUCUCCGGCGAGGCUGUCCGGAUCUUGAAGCGCCCGGACGAGGACAGGAUCAAGGAGCAGCUCCAGGCUUUGUACGACGAAGGUCUCCGCAGCAUCGCCGUGUGCCUGAUGCAUGGAUACACCUUUCCCGACCAUGAGGCACUGGUCGGAAGACUGGCGCAUGAGAUUGGCUUCCAGCAUGUGAGUCUCAGCCAUCAAUUGAUGCCUAUGAUCAAGCUGGUCCCCAGAGCGACAUCGGCCUGUGCAGAUGCCUAUCUCACUCCCGCCAUCAAGAAAUACAUAUCCGGAUUCCAGGCCGGCUUCGAAGGCGGUCUCGGUACCGAGAGCGUCAAGAAAGAGAAGGGCGAUAGGGGCGCCAGAUGCGAGUUCAUGCAGUCCGACGGCGGUCUGGUAGAUGUGGACAAGUUUUCAGGCCUGCGCGCCAUCUUGUCUGGCCCUGCAGGUGGUGUGGUUGGCUAUGCCCUGACGUCCUACGACCCCGAGACCAAGAUCCCGGUCAUUGGGUUCGACAUGGGCGGCACCAGCACAGACGUCAGCAGGUACGGGUCUGGUCGCUACGAGCACGUCUUCGAGACCACCACCGCCGGUGUUACAAUUCAAUCUCCGCAGCUAGACAUCAACACGGUCGCGGCAGGAGGCGGAUCGCGGUUGUUUUUCCGAAAUGGCCUCUUCGUGGUCGGACCAGAAUCAGCGGGUGCACACCCCGGCCCUGCUUGCUACAGGAAAGGGGGCCCGCUCACCGUCACCGACGCCAACCUCUUCCUGGGCCGACUCCUGCCAGACUUCUUCCCCAAAAUCUUCGGCAAACAUGAAAACGAAGGGCUCAACCUGGAGGCGAGCCAGAAGCUCUUUGAAGAACUCACGCAGGAAAUCAACAGCAAGACAGACACAAACAUGUCCGCAGAUGAAGUGGCUUACGGUUUCAUCAAGAUCGCCAAUGAGACCAUGACCCGGCCCAUCCGAUCGCUGACCGAGGCAAAGGGGCACGACACUUCGCACCACCGCCUCGCCACGUUCGGUGGCGCUGGAGGCCAACACGCCGUGGCCAUUGCUGAAUCACUUGGCAUCAGACAGAUCCUGGUUCACCGGUACUCGUCUGUCCUCUCAGCCUACGGCAUGGCUCUCGCAGAUGUCGUCGAUGAAAGUCAAAUCCCCGCAUCCCAUGUCUGGGACAUGAAAGGCGGGUCUAGAGACGGAUUGAAGGCGAAGAUGGCCGAGCUCAGAGAGCGAUCUCGGAAGCGGCUGCAAGACCAAGGGUUUGACCAAGAUUCGAUCGUGUACGAGGAAUACUUGAACAUGCGGUACCGUGGGACCGAGUCGGCACUGAUGGUGAUCAAGCCUCGCGCAGAAGAAGCAAAGGAGCUUUACAACGGCGACGACUGGGCGUUUGGAGAUGCGUUCGUGCGGCAACACGAGCAAGAAUUCGGCUUCACGCUCCCGGACCGUGAUGUUAUAGUUGAUGACGUUCGCGUUCGCGGCAUCGGCAAGUCUUUCAGAGGCAUGUCGAAGACGGUUGACCAGCAGCUGAAGGAGAUCAAGCCAAAGGAUGUGGCUGAAGAUAAGACUUAUUCGACAUCACAGGUAUAUUUUGAGGGCGGCCGCAAAGAGACCAAGAUAUACAAACUCGAGGACCUGGAGGAUGGGACGCGUGUGACCGGGCCCGCAAUCAUCGCCGACGGGACGCAGACCAUUGUCGUCACGCCAGGAGCGUCGGCACUGGUUCUCGAGACGCACGUGGUGAUCAACAUCGGCGACGAAGGGACCGGGAACAAGGCUAACGCCAAAGACGUGGAUCCGAUCUUGCUGUCCAUCUUCGCGCACCGCUUCAUGGCAAUCGCAGAACAGAUGGGCCGCGCACUGCAGAAGACAUCCGUCUCGACGAAUGUCAAGGAGCGGCUCGACUAUAGCUGUGCCCUGUUUGACGCGGCGGGUGGCCUGGUCGCCAACGCGCCCCAUCUGCCGGUCCACCUAGGCAGCAUGUCGACCUGUGUGCGCACGCAGGCCGAGAUCUGGCAGGGGAGGCUGAAGAAGGGCGACGUGGUCGUGUCGAAUCAUCCAGAGUACGGUGGCACCCAUUUGCCCGACAUCACAGUCGUCACGCCCGCCUUCUCGCCGUCCGGAGAGAUCAUUUUUUACGUGGCCUCGCGAGCCCACCACGCGGACAUUGGCGGUAUCUUACCGGGCUCGAUGCCGCCGCAUUCCCGCGAGCUGUACCAGGAGGGCGCGGCGAUCAAAUCUGAGAAGCUCGUUUCCGAGGGCCAUUUCAACGAGAAGCGCAUGGUAGAGCUCCUCUAUGACGAACCUGCGCAAUAUCCAGAGUGCAGCGGGACUCGCUGUCUGGCAGACAACCUAAACGACUUGAAGGCGCAGAUCGCUGCGAACCAAAAGGGCAUCGGUCUGAUCAGUGCUCUCAUCGAGGAAUAUGGCGAGGAUGUCGUGCAGUUUUAUAUGCACAAUAUUCAGGAUAAUGCCGAGCGAUCCGUGCGUGAGUUACUGAAGGGCGUGAGCAAGCGGUUUCAAGGCAAGGAUCUCCAAGCUACGGACUACAUGGAUGACGGUAGUCCGAUAACCCUGCGAGUCACCAUCGACGGCGAAAAAGGAGAGGCUGUAUUCGACUUCGAGGGCACCGGCCCUGAGGUGUACGGGAAUAUCAAUGCACCAGAGGCCGUGACCUACUCUGCCAUCAUUUAUUGCCUUAGGUGUCUCAUUGAUCAAGACAUUCCUCUGAAUCAGGGAUGCUUGAAACCAGUCAAAGUGCGUAUUCCACGCGGCAGUUUUCUCAGUCCAAGUGAGAAAGCUGCGGUUGUCGGUGGAAACGUGCUGACGAGCCAACGCGUCACUGACGUGGUCUUCAAAUGCUUCGAAGCCUGUGCCGCUAGUCAAGGCGACUGUAACAACCUGACUUUCGGCUUUGGAGGAAACCUGAAAGGUGGAGCGGCGCAGAAAGGCUUUGGAUAUUACGAAACCAUUGCUGGCGGAAGCGGUGCCGGUAAGGAUUGGGAGGGCACUAGUGGCGUCCAUACCCACAUGACGAACACCAGAAUCACAGAUGCGGAGGUCUUCGAAAGACGGUACCCUGUGAUAUUGAGAGAAUUCAGUCUCAGGGCCGGGAGUGGUGGAGUCGGACAACAUCGAGGUGGAGAUGGUGUCAUUCGAGAUAUUGAAUUCCGAAUCCCUGUGCAGGUGAGCAUCCUCAGUGAAAGGAGAGUAUAUCACCCAUAUGGUCUGCACGGUGGAGGCGAUGCUCAGUGUGGGAAGAACGUCUGGGUCAGGAAGGUCAAGAGAGUGAACAAGGGAGGCACCGGGGGCGAGCAUGAAGGACAACGCCGAGAGGAGGGCGACAAUAACGAAAUCGAAUGGAGGCAUAUCAACUUGGGGGCGAAGAACACCGCCAGUAUGCAGCCUGGUGAGAGAAUUAUCGUGAUGACACCUGGCGGCGGCGGCUAUGGUAAGGCCGGUGAAAAAUCGAAGCUUGAGCAGAAGGAAGAUUAUGAAAAGCAUUGGAAGAAAGGUAGCUUGGCUAGCAGGUUGGCCGAAUGGGAGAGCAGUUCGUGA